UAACUUCAUAACAAAACACCAUUUUGAAGUAAAACAUAUAAGAAAAAUUAGAAGAAAAAAAAAUGAUCAAAGGGCUCUUGUUAGUUUUGUUGUUUUUAAUCACUGCAAAGACUUCGGUUUCUCGUCCGUUCGCAUGGUCGAGGGGUGGUAACAUGCCAGGCCAAAACUACCCAGGCGAAAGUGGAUCAGGCCGUGGCCCCAAUUGGGAUUACAACUGGGGUUGGGGCUCUGCUCCAGGUUCUGGAUGGGGUUACGGGUCGGGUUCGGGUAGAUCACCGACCGGGUGGGGAAGAGGAUCCGGAUACGGGUAUGGGUCCGGAUCUGGAUCAGGUAGCGGGUAUGGAUAUGGUUCUGGAGGUGGUGGAGCACGUGGUGGUGGGUAUGGUUACGGAAGCGGAAAUGGCCGGUCUGGUGGUGGCGGCGGCGGUGGUUCCAACGGUGAAGUUGCCUCCUUAAGCCACAGUAGUAAGAUUCAUCCGUGAGGAUGUUUUGUGGUAAUUUCUCCCAACUAAAAAGGUUUAGGGAGGAGUAUAAUUAAGUGUUUGUAAUAUUAAGAUUAUAAUUAGGUUUUGUACCCUCCUAAAUGUAACUUAUCUCCCUUUGUCUUGUAUGCUUUCUAUAUAAGAUUAUGUGCUCGACGUAUCUUAUACCGUCUUUGCAUGUUCCUAAAGGUGUGAUCGCUUAUAUAUACUAGUAUUUUUGUAUGUCUCCAUAA